AUGUUUUCCGGCUGCCACGCAGGCGGUCUUCACCUUCGGGGAUUUUUGGGGGUAGCCUACCUUCGUUGGAUGGACCCUUCCUUCGCCUUGUUCAUUAAAGGUAUUGGAUUGGUGAUCUUCUCCACCCUGAGGGCCACAAUUCCCGGAAAGGGCGGUAUUGCUUGCCUCUUCAUGAUCUAUACCUCUUCGAGUCGUAAAGUAUGCUAUCCUGUGAUCUUUAGCUCGCUUUGGGGGUGUCCGGUCGUGCCUUCCAUCCAAGGUGCCGUGUCCGACGCCAUCAGCACUUGGAGGUCCUUCAUUAUUCCCUUGACCGGCUUUGUACCCCUGCUCUGCUACGGUGGUGUCAUGUGGGUCAUCAACAGCAAGAAGUACCACGGUCGCUUGACGAUUUGGACUAGCCAGACCAACGUCAAUGUCGAGGAAAGCACUGGGCAAUACACUCCCGAGGUCGGUGCUAGGGACGACAUUGAGAAGUCUGCCUUCUUGGAACACAAUGAGAAGCCUGUUGUCGAGUCCCGAGAGCGGGUGUAG